UUGGACCUUUCAGCUAAGAAAUCAGUGGAUGGAUCGACAGUGAAGUGCUUCCAUCCACCGCUACGUGCUGAAGCAACGAGGACAUAUUUCUGGGAUCAUGACUCACCACCACCUGCCGCUAAUGUCCUCAAGUGCUAUGGUACAGACAAGCCGCCAAGCUCUCAUCUGAUGCGCAUCGUCAUCACUUCAAAGCCAAGCGACGUCUUCAUCAAGAGGGCUCGUCAAUCUGUUCCUAAAGAGGAGAUGAUCUUGUCAUUGUUCGGCCCAUCGCAUUUGCAUAUGAAGGCCAUGGCGACACCAUCACCACCACAGCAGUAA